CGGGAGUGUGGCGUGGAGGGCACCUGGCUACUGGAAGGCUGGACUAAUUACUCUCAAUGUCUCACAGCUAUUGAGCCCCAGGCGGGCUCCCAGGGCGUGGUGGAGGCUGUGCGUUUCAUCACCUUCAUCGGCGCCCUUCUCUCCCUCCUCACCCUCGCCAUCACUGUCUUCAUCUUCACCUACUUCAGGACGCUGGAGUGUGACCGCCUGAAGGUGCACAGGAACCUGGUGGCGGCGCUCAUCAUCAUGUUCCUGGUGAUGCUGGUGCUGACGGAGCCCUUUGUGUCCCGCCGUUCCUCCUACACCUACAGGGACGUGGAUUGGCUGUGUAAGGCGCUGCUGGCAAUAAGGAUGUACGCCCAGAUGGCCUCUAUAAGCUGGAUGUUCGUGGAAGGGCUAUUUCUGCACUCCCGGCUCACCUCUAAUGUCUUUGAUUCCGGUGCUCCCUUCCCUAUCUACUACACGAUUGGUUGGGGCUGCCCUCUCGUGUUCCUGGGCGCGUGGGCAGCCGUCAUGACCCUUCACUACCCCGUGCACUGCUGGAGGGGCUACGCCGGCCUGCCCUUCGUCUGGAUACUGGUGGCGCCCAUGGUGACGGCUCUAAUGAUCAACCUAAUGUUCCUGGUUAACAUAAUUCGAAUCUUGGUCACUAAACUACGAGCGAGUGACGCGGUGGAGACAACACAAGUCAGGAAAGCCAUCAAAGCCACAGUGGUGUUGUUCCCUCUGCUCGGCAUCACCAAUCUGCUCUUCGCUGUGAACCCUGGCGACAGAGGGCGGCUGGAGGGGGCCUACAUGCUCACCAACGCCAUCUUGCAGUCGUCACAGGGCGUGUUCGUGUCCGUGCUGUACUGCUUCAUGAAAACAGAGGUCCAGGAGCUGCUACGCAAGAGGUGGCGCCAGUACAGGAUGCGUCGCUUGGGGUUCCCCGCCACGCACCACCACCGUCGCAAAAGCACCAAGAGCACCAUCGUCCUAGAAAACUCGUGCUCCAUCCGCCUGAGUCCGCAGCGCACGCCCUCCCACCCCAGACUGCACGUGCACGCCUUUGAGACCUCCGCUGUGUGAGGCCCGUGAUGAAUGUCUUGUUUUCAAUCGUUGUUUUCGUUGUUUUCGUUGUUUUC